GAGAGAGAGAGAGAGAGAGAGAGAGAGAGAGAGAGAAUCAACUGAAAGAUGGGAUUCACCAUGGGGCUGAACCUGGUGCUGCUGAUGGCCAUGGUGGCCACCAACAUCCUCUCCCUCUACCACCUAUCCAAAAACGUGCAGUCCCCCAGGGCCCCCACCCCGCAGCCCGUCCCCGACCACCUCCUCAACCAGCUCCGCACCAUCCGCUCCACCAUCAACCACCUCACCCGCCUCCAGCCCUCCCCGCCCUCCUCCGCCUCCGCCAACCCCGCCCCCACCAUCCCCUCCGAUCUGCUUCUCCACUCCCAGCUCUCCCCCAUUGCCUCCGCCUGCCACGGCUACCCGGACCUCCUCCACCGCUUCAUGAACUACACCCCCUUCUCCCUCUGCCCCCACGACCCGGACCUCGCCGAAGCCCUAAUCCUCCGCGGCUGCCACCCCCUCCCCCGCCGCCGCUGCUUCUCCCGCACCCCGCCGAAGACUACCUCCGCCUCGUUGCCGCAUAACCCAUUCCCUCCUGCCCUCCCGGACAGCAACGUCAUCUGGGCCAAGUACUCCUGCAAGAGCUUCUCUUGCCUCAACCACUACAACCCCAACUUGGGGUUCGACACCUCCCAUGAGUAUUCCAAAUUCACCACCUACAGGUCUGAGCUGGAUCUCCCCGUUUCGCAGUUGCUUCAGAUUGCUAAGUCUGCCGGCUCGGUCCUUAGGCUCGGGAUCGACAUCGGUGGCGGCACUGGCUCUUUCGCUGCCACCAUGAAGAUGCAGAAUGUGACCGUUGUGACGACCACUAUGAACCUUGGUGCGCCUUACAAUGAGGCGGCUGCGCUUCGGGGGCUGGUGCCGUUGCAUGUGCCGCUGCAGCAGCGGCUGCCGGUGUUCGAUGGGGUGGUGGAUCUGGUCCGGUGUGGGCAUGCGGUGAACCGGUGGAUACCGGAGACGGUGCUUGAGUUCAUGCUGUUCGAUAUCGAUCGGGUGUUGAGGGGUGGUGGGUACUUGUGGUUGGAUCACUUCUUCGGCAAAGGGGUGAGUAUGGAGAAGGUCUACAAGCCCUUGAUCGGGAAGCUUGGGUAUAAGAAGGUGAAGUGGGCAACAGCGAAUAAGACGGACUCAAGCGGGUUGAAGAACGGGGAGGUUUAUUUGACUGCCCUGUUGCAGAAGCCUGUCACCAAAUGAAGAAAAGUCAUGGAAACUCAGGAACCACAUCGAGAUUAUGAAAGUUCUGAUGGGAAAACAAGAAAAUUCCCCCAAAGAUUUAGACUGGGUCGAAGACUGACUCCUCCCCCGCCUGGUGUAAUGAAGAAUUUAUUCCUUUCUAUUACUUUAAAAAUAAGAAUUUGGAGCAACCACACAGAAACAAGAUGGGAACUUGUAAAGGGGUGUCGAAGGCAUUCUUCUGGGGACAGCAUGAACAAUCUUUCGUUGUUUUUGUUUUUUUGCUGUAACAAUUAUUGCGUAAUAAGCAAGGAAAAAGAAAUUGUUUGAUC